AUGGCCUUUCUGAAGUGGUGCCUCGAGGUGCCCAGAUCCGAUCUCGAAGCGCCUCCGGAUGGCCAGCACAAUUCCGGCUGCAUGCAAGACAUCUUGAGUGUCAUGCAGAGCAGCCUCUCGCACGUGUCUAUGCGUCGCUUUGCGGAUGCACUAUAUCAAUACGUCGAGGCUGUCGGGGAGGUUCAGAAAUCGCGCAUGACCAGCCUGCCCACCUGGGACGAGUAUCUUGACAACCGCCUGCACAAUAUUGCAAUGUUCCCCUGUGUCCUGGCUAUAGAAUAUGCUUACGAUCUGAAAGUCCCGGCGUGGGUUAUUGAGAGCGAGGCAAUGCAGUCUAUCUUCCGCGAGACUGUGAUUUCCGUGGUCAUGUAUGUUGGAUGUCCUCGCCUUUGCCGAGCCCUGGCUUACAUCUGCAGUGCAAAUGAUAUUUUCUCGUUUAAAAAGGAGGCUCUCGUGGGCCAGAUUGACAAUGCCCUCUUCCUCAAAGUCGCCCACGGCGACCACCGCAACUUUCAACGCGGCCUAGAGGAAACGAUCCAAGAGCUCGUCGAGUCCCGAGACCGUUUCAUCGCAUCCGAGUCGCAGAUCCUCAACAGUGAGGAGUAUCUGAAGCUUCCACCGCAGACUCAGGAGGAUGUCAAGACAUUCAUCCUGUCCUGCAAGUUUAUGAUCGUUGGGAACGUUAAAUGGAGUAAAUCGACCACGCGCUAUCUACUUGAGCAUGGCCCAGACGGCGUGACUAUAGUCAACCUCAACACGAAGGAGUAG